AUGUCGCUGCAGGAUACAGUUCAGAAAGUGCUCGACGCUGCCACGGCCGACGUUUCGCAGCCAAACGGUGUUCCUGGUGCAGUGGUGUACAUCGCCGACAAGACGGGCAAGGAGAUUGCCUGGGCUUCAGCGGGAGUCAAGCAAGCGGGUAAAGUGGCACCGAUGACCAAGGACUCGGUGUUUUGGAUUGCCAGUUGCACCAAGCUCAUCACCGCCAUUGCCUGCCUGCAGCUCGUCGAGCAGGGUAAGCUCGACCUGCAGGAUCCCGUCACGCGCCACGUGGCCGAGUUCGAACAGGUCACGCUGAUCGACGAGCGCAAGCCCAAGCAGGUGCCUACGGUGUGGAACUGCCUCACGCACACGUGUGGCUUGGGCUACUCGUUCUUCAACCCACAGCUCAAGGACUUGGAGGCAAGCAAGGGUCGGAGGGUGAUCGACAGUUUUGAUGCGUCCAAGCAGAGUAUUUUGGGUCCUUAUGUUAGCGAGCCCGGUACCGAGUGGGAGUACGGCCUUGGGAUCGACUGGGCUGGCCGGGUGGUCGAACAGGUCUCAGGUCUCUCGCUCGACGAGUACUUCCAGAAGAACAUCUUUGCGCCUCUCGGGAUCAAGCACGCCAGCUUCCUGCCGAAGACCGCUGGUCUGGCGGACAAGCUGGUUGGGUCGCACUACAGAGACACGUCCGGGAUCGUCUCUGCCAACGAGCACUGGAUGCAGGCGGACGAGUCCAAGAUCGAAGUGCAGUACGGCGGGGCGGGAUUAUGGGCAAAUGCGGCCGAGUACUGCCAGGUGCUCGUCGCGCUGCUCAACGGCGGCACACACCCCAAGAGCGGCGCCAAGAUCCUCUCGAGCCAAAGCGUCGACGAACUGAUCAAGGAGCAGCUCCACGGCAAACUGGCCGACGACAUGGACCGCGAGUUCCCCAACACCGACCCCCAAAUCUCCAACUGGUUCGAAGGCUGCACCGUCAAAGGCAUCCCCAAAACAUGGGCCCUGGGAGGACUACGCUUGCUCGUCGAACAUCCCAUGUUCAAGCGUAGCGACAAGUCCCUGUUCUGGUGUGGCAUCCAGAACAACUUCUGGUGGGCCGACUUUAAGGACGGCACCUGCGGCAUGGUGCAGUCGCAGAUCGGACCUUUCCUGGACAUGGGCACACUCGGAAUCUUGGCUCAGAUCGAACCUCAGGUGCACGCCGCAUAUGCUUCGUAG